UUUACUAUAUGAUGAUCUGGUGUCUAACAUUGGUGUUAGCCCUGUUUGGGCCUUCAAUCUCUGAAGCUAGCGGUGAAACGCUGUCCAGUUCUCGUGUUGUCGGUGGCGAGAACGCCAGACGUAACGAAUUUCCCUGGCAGAUCUCUCUUCGAGUCAAUGGCCGUCAUAUCUGUGGUGGAUCGUUGAUCAGAAGUGAUUGGGUUCUUACUGCAGCUCAUUGUGUAGCAAGGAACCCUAGCCCGAGCGGAUACACUGUAGUGGCUGGUGCACACAGAAUAAGUGGAUCAACCGCUGGACAACAAACCUUCAGGCUGAAGAAACUCUACAAACAUGAGCAGUACAGCAAUCUUAGAAACGACGUCGCGCUUCUUCAACUCGAACGACCAGCACAAUUAUCCUCCUCUGUCAGAACUAUCAGUUUGCCAUCAAGCGGAAACCGAGUACCACCAGGGACAAAUUGCAUUAUCAGUGGCUGGGGACGAACCGUUGGUGGUGGGAGUGCAGCGGACACUCUCCAAAAGGCCAUGCUCCCUGUAGCUUCUCACAGUGCUUGUAACAGAGUAAAUGGCAAACUCGUCCCAGUCGAUGAUCGCUCGAUGAUCUGUGCUGGAGGACAAGGCAAGGGUGGUUGUCAAGGCGACAGUGGUGGACCGUUUGUGUGYAACGGGAUUCUCCGUGGUGCUGUCAGCUGGGGACACAGCAAGUGCCGUACUGACCACUACACCGUUUUUGCUCGUGUGAGCAGCUUCGUUGGUUGGAUCAAUCAGAAGAUAGGUAGCGGAGGUGGUGGAGGCGGCGGAGGAGGCGGUGGUGGAGGUGGCGGAGGAGACGGUUGUGGAGGUGGCGGAGGAGGAGGUGGAGGUGGAGGCGGUGGAGGCGGUGGAGGCGGUGGCGGAGGGGGAGGUACGUUUGACAGGGAGAAUAUUUUACAUGAACCAAGAACAAUAAAAAAUGAGAAAUCAAUUUGA